UGCUGCGGAAAUGCUAGGAAUCGCCACUUAACAAAGUUGGGAAUGGCAUAUACCCCACAAAGUUUCAAUUCUUCGUUCUAGGGCUGGAUGGUCGCUGAUCAUCACCACUGAUAGUUCUUUACCCUCUUAGAGUCUAGGGAAGGAUGCAUGGAUGGUAAUCAGAAAGAGGUUGUACGAGAAGUUCGCUCGUUUUUGUACCCGGACUUGGCACGAUCCACUCGUAUUCGUACAUUUGCCCCAGAAUGGAUGUCCACCAACCCUGAGAUGCCUGCAGUUUCACAUCUUACAAUAAUAGCUCAUAGAUGCUCGCCCACUAUGACAAGGGGGUCUUUCUGAAAUUCUGAUGUAGUCUCAACUGAGUCGAGUGCAGUACAGUACAUAUCCUGCUGGGCUCCCAUGCAUUUGACACCCCUACACUACACCACCUCUCAACACCCAUCAUGUCGAGUGGCUACAAGCUCUAUGAUUACAAUCCUUCCGGGGGCGCGGCCAUAGUCUUUGCUGGUGUGUUCGCCGCAACCUCUGUUCUGCAUCUGUUCCAAAUGAUCCGCAGGCGGACCUGGUACUUUACACCCUUUAUCAUCGGUGGUUUCUUCGAAGCAUUUGGCUAUGUUGCGCGGUGGUACAGUGCCAAACAGACCCCGAAUUGGACGGUGAUGCCAUAUGUCAGUCAGGAGCUGCUGCUCCUCCUCGCCCCCUCCCUCUUCUCCGCCUCCAUCUACAUGCUGCUGGGGCGCAUCAUCCGCCUGGUCCAUGGGGAUUCGCGCUCGCUUAUCCGACCGAACUGGUUGACCAAGAUCUUCGUGACGGGAGAUGUGCUCUCUUUCUUCAUCCAGAGCGGAGGUGGCGGCAUGAUGGCGAGCGCGAACUCGGCCAGCAGUGUUUCCCUGGGCAAUCGUAUUAUUGUGAUUGGUCUCAUCGUCCAGCUGGUUUUCUUCGGCUUCUUCAUCCUCGUCUCCAUAGUUUUCCAUCGCCGUAUGACCGCUUCCCCGACUCCGACCUCCCUCUCCAUCAGCAAUCCCCCAUGGUACACCUACAUGCGGGUCCUAUAUGUUGCCAGUGUUCUGAUCAUGGUUCGAUCGAUCUACCGCGUGGUAGAAUAUGUGCAAGGGUCCACGGGAGUGCUGCAGCAGCAUGAGAUCUACCUCUACAUCUUCGAUGCGGUGCUAAUGUUGUUGGUGUGUCUCCUGUUCAACAUUAUGCACCCAAGUCGCAUUCUGUCCAGCCGCCAACCGUACGGCAAGAUGGACUCGGAUCAGGUCGAGAUGCUGGAUCCGCGGAUGUGAUUGUUAAAGUGGUCGGUCGUGUUUUUAAUGGUUACAUUCUUGGGUCUCGCUCGGUUUGUUAUUUUCACGCCCACAUUUAUUACUCGAC